UGCUGGUGCGGGAGCGGCGCCUGCGCAGUAAAGGCCGGCGCGCGGCCUGGUUUCCGGGGAGCGGAAGAUGGAAGAGGAUGAAGUCGCGGAUAGUUGGGAGGAUGCGGCCGACAGCGGGGAGAUAGAGCGACGGUUGGAGAAGAAGCUGAGGAUUACACAGAGAGAGAAUAAAUCGCGGUCUCCUCCGAAAUUCCCGGUGGUCAUCCAGGACGACUCUAUGCCAUCCGGUCCUCCUCCUCAGAUCAGGAUCCUCAAAAGGCCGACAAGCAACGGCUUGGCAAGCAACUCCCAUUGCAGCAGCCGACCCACCGUGCCUGUAAAGUCGCUGGCGCAGAGGGAAGCGGAGUACGCCGAGGCCAGAAAGCGAAUCCUGGGGAGCGCCAGCCCGGAGGAGGAAGCUGAGAAGCCAGUGGUGGACAGGCCAGCAAGAAUCAGUCAGCUGGAGGAGAACAGACAGCCUAACAAUGUGAUCCGGCAGCCGUUGGGUCCGGAUGGAUCACAGGGUUUCAAACAGAUCAGAUAGACGUCGUCAUGGAGAACUUUGCCAUAGUAAACUGCACUGGCCUGUCACACCAAUGGACUCAAGCGGAGGGAAUCGCCUCAUCUACUUGCACUUUGAUGCCCUUUUGCUCCGCCCACUGUGACCUUAAACCCUGUGCACUGUGACCCCCUCCCUCCUCCCGCCACCCCUGUAGCUCCGACCACUGUGAUUGGCACACCGCCGCAGGCUGCCCCGGGCCUUCUUGGGAACAAGGGAAAGCCACGUUUUUUGUGCGCGUGUACAAUGGGCGGGGAGGGUGGUGAGGAAUCCAUGCCAAGUGCAGGAAAAGAUAGGGGGGGGGGCGCUUUGUGCCUGUAACUGCCACUUCUGUUGAAGUUUCCGCCAGCAAUAAUUACUGUUAGUUGUGUCUCCGGGGAAAGGGAUGUGGGCCGCUAGUUCCCCCAAACCCCCUCCUUUUUCUUCCUACACAUACACGCCGUGUUCCACACAUGAAUUUUCUUAAUGAGUCCACGUCUGCCUCCUCGAUGUGUCGGGGGUCGUCUUAUUAUUUUUUUUCAUAUGGGUUUUUCAGUCUUUUUUUGGAUGUAGUGUGCAUGAGCUUUUCUU